AUGAAAACAAUAAUACAAGAGAUAUUAAGAGCGCAACUCCGAGGAGGAACUAUUACAGAAUAUUCAUCUGUCAGAUCAAACGUCUAUAGAAUGUCCUAUCACCAAUAUAAUAACGGUCAUUACCAAAGAAACACAGGGUACAACAAUAACAAUAACAACAACUACCAACAGAGAAAUAAUGGAUAUGGUUAUCAGAAUGGAUACCAAGAUCACAAUAAUAGGUCGAAUAACUAUGGACAAAGGGACACAUAUCCAUCACGGGAGCGUGGGGCUACACGAACUCAUCAUAUAAAUGAUAAUAUUGUUAGAUCUACGAAUCAAUUAUAUAUGGGAGAUUUAGAUCUUUCAUGGACUGAAGAUACCAUUAAAGAAAUAUGGAAAACACUUGGGGAAGAAAGCAUUCGAGUGAAAAUGAUGAUGAAUAACAUUAUGAAUAAUAAUAAUACUAGAUUCAGUGGUGGGAAUACAACUACAAAUAGCGAUAAUACAAAGAACCAAGGGUAUUGCUUUAUUGAAUUUUCAACAAAUGAACAAGCUGCAAAUGCAUUAUUAAAGAAUGGAAUGAAUAUACCUAUAUUCCCUCAAAGACGGUUGAAACUGAAUUGGGGUAGUGGUGGGAAUUCCAACAAUAACAAUAGCAACAGCAACAAUAAUAACUACAACAACGCUAAACCAACCGAUGAAUCAAACAUGAGUAGUAAUGAUACCAAUUAUUCUGUAUUUGUUGGUGAUCUUGCGCCAAAUGUCACAGAGUCACAAUUAUAUGAAUUAUUUAAUGAUAAAUAUCCCUCGAUGAUAGAACGAACGAGAGUGAUGAUUGAUCGAGUUACAGGAGUCUCCAAAGGGUAUGGAUUUGUUAAAUUUAUCAAUGCAGCAAUACAAUCAAGAGCAAUGAUAGAAUUACAAGGUGCGUAUCUUAAUGGUAGGGCCAUUAAGAUUAAUAGUACUGGACAACGUCAACAAUCACAACCGCAAUAUAGUACUGAUCCCAAGUCGAUAGGAAAUGGUAAUGAUAAUAAAUAUCCUAAUAAAAAUAAUAAACAUCAUAAUAAAAUCAAUAAAUUAUCAUUGUUUAUGCUGCCUGUUCAACAAUUACCAAGGAUGAAUCACAUGACUGAUCCUAACAACACUACAUUAUAUAUUACAAAAAUAUCACCAUAUGUCAACGAAUUAGAACUUGAAGAAUAUUUUAAACCAUUUGGGUCAUAUUAUGACAAAUUACGAAUUUUUGCCCCAGAAGAGGACGAUGGUGAUACAAAUAAUAACAGACCUAGUUCCAAGAGUUACUACCAACAAGGUAUUAUACAAUAUGUAAAUCGUUAUGAUGCUGAAAGAGCCAUGGUAGCAUUACAUCAAUACGCAAUAGAUGACAUACCAUUACAAUUAUCCUGGGGUUUACCAGUUGAUGAUGAUAAACUGAAGAUAAAACAACAAGAUAUUCAAUUACAAGCUCAACCUUCCUACCCAAAUGAUAUCUAUUCGUACGUAUGA